AUGAUACCUUGGUUAUCAUUAACAAAGAGUCAAACUUUGCAAAACCCUACACCGGCGGCUAGUGGUCCACCGGUUGGGGAAGAUACGAACAGAUUCGCCACCUUGAAACGUCGGCGUGACGAUGGAGACGCGUCGGCGGCGGAGGGAACCAUUGUGGAUGUGCCGCCUUCGAAGCGGUUGCAAGUGGCGCAAGACAUAGUAUUCAGAAUCGUCGUGCCAUCGAGGCAGAUCGGGAAGGUUAUUGGUAAGGCAGGGACUCGUAUUCAGAAGAUUCGUGAAGAGAACAAAGCCACCAUCAAAGUUGCCGAUGCAAUCGCGCGACACGAAGAGCGAGUAAUCAUCAUAAGUUCUAAAGACAGUGACCACACCUUUUCUGAUGCAGAGAAUGCCCUUCAUCAAAUAGCCAGUCUUGUUCUAAAGAAUGAUGAUGGCAGUGUCGAGGCUUUGAAAGUGGGUGCUGGACAUGUUGCAGCAAAUACAAUAAGAUUUCUGAUUGCUGGUUCCCAGGCUGGUGGUUUGAUUGGAGUGUGUGGUCAGAACAUUGAGAAACUGAGGAAUUCCUCUGGAGCCACCAUCACAGUUCUUGCUAAAAAUCAGUUGCCUUUGUGUUCGUCUGCUUAUGAGUCAGAUCGAGUAAUACAGAUAUCUGGUGAUGUUCCUGCAGUUCUGCGAGCUUUGGUGGAGAUUGGAUGUCAACUAAGGGAUAACCCGUCAAAACAAGUUUUCAAAUGCUUUGCAGAUCAUGAUAAUUGCAUUUUUGUAUAGCUGCAUGCUGCUGCUGUAUGAAAUCGUCAUAUAUUUUGCAACGAAAUCAUCUUUAGGACAAUCAAUCUUGCAGCUGAAUAUGCAACUUUGGAGAUGAUGGUCACUGAAUCAUUGGUUGGUGGCUUGAUUGGGAGGUGUGGCUCCAAC